AUGCUUGGCAAGCGGACGGAGCGUGCAAGCUCAUCGCCGCGUACGCUGCAGGAAGAUGAGGAAGGAGGCACAGGCGAGGGAUCUACCAAGCGCACCCAGACACGUGCGUUUGAAGCCAUGUCGUUUGUGCGGCCGACCUCGAGCGAUGCAUGGUUCUUGUCGAAUUCGCACCGCCGCAACUUUGCAAGCCGCAAGCUCGGCCGCGAUCUCCUGCGUGGUACGUCCGGCACAAAAAUCUCGCAGGUGCUCGGGCCGCUCGAUAUAUCACAACUUCCCCGCAUAGCCCAAGCCUCGAAACAGGACGGCACGCCGGAUCCGCCCGCCCGCACGCUGCAUUCGCAUCUUGCAUCGCAGCUGCACCUGCGGCCAGACAGGAUCGAUAUGAUGCUUGCACAGCUGCUGACGGGCUUUAAUAUCAUGCUCUAUGGGAUUGGCGAUAGGAUGCGUGUCCUACACCACCUUGUCGAGAGCGGCGCGAAAAAACACGCCGGCGCCGCAGUGCUUGUCCAAGGCGCCGCAGGCCGUGCAUUGAACGUCGAUCGGCUCUUGGAUGCGAUCGAAAAAGCACUGCGCAUCCACAUACCCACGAUACCGCCAUUCAGGCAGUCUGCAGAGCAUGCAGUCGUGCGCUUGUCGCGCGUGCUGCAGCGUGCCGACCGAAUCGCUCAGUUUUUGGAGCACACAGCGCGCCAUCCACGCGCCGAGCACCCCCAGCGCCUCUUUCUCGCCCUGCUUGCUUUUGACAGUCCACUAUAUCACACCACACGGCUACAUACUCUUUUGCAUGCGCUUGCACGCUGCCCGCACAUCCACAUUGUCGCGAGCGUUUCGCACGUGCAUGCCGGCCUGCUUCUCGACGGUGCUGCCGGCGCGUUUAGCCAUGGAAUUUCGGGCCAUGCCGAGCACUACACCGCCCAUGCGCGCGAUGUGCGAGCGCCAUGGCUGUGGCACAAUGUGACUACGUUUAUACCCCCCAUUUCAGAGAUGCUGCACUCGCGCGGCGCUACCAUGACGUCCUCCGCGUCGCUCUCUUCGCAGCUUGCCGGGCUUGCCACACUGCGCCUUCCGCCCGCGCUGGACCUUGCAGCACGGGGCGCACGAGGACGUGCGCCCGGCACGAGCGGCCCUAUCCCCAUUAUCUCGAUUGCCGCGGCGCUCCAAGUCCUCAAUACCAUUACGGCUCGCGCCCGCACGCUGUUUGCACAGCUCGCCGUGCUGCAGCUUGGCGCUGCGGAAGGCGCGGCGCCGGACGCGGAGCCUGCCAACGCACCGCGCACGGCGUACGCCGAACUUGUGCGCGGCGCACUGCAAGAGUUUACCGUGUCGAGCGACGACGGCGUCAAGCAGUUGCUUGGCGAAAUGGUCGAUCACGGUUUGGUUAUGGCAUGGCGCGGCACCGCUACAGUCCACAGCAGUCACGCAAUUGCGGCGGGGGAUGAGCUGUCGAUUCCGCUGCGUGUGGCCGCGCUGGAAGAGGUACUCACAGAGAUGGAUCCGUGA